AGAAACUUGGCUGCAUUUAACAUCGCCGACGAAGAAUAAAUGGAACAGAAAAUGGCAGAGCCGAAUGGAGCCACCAAGAAACGGCCGGGCGAAAUGACGGCCGAGGAGGAGGAACAGCUCUACCGUGACCACCCCCUCACCGACGACACAACGUGCGGCUACGGCCCACUGCGGUCCGCCUUCCUGCAGAAGUUCGCCAACAAGAAGGCCUUCGUCUUCCUCAACGGCAUCGUGGGGUGCAUUCUGUCUGCCACAUUCGCCUACUACAACGGCACCAUCACCACCCUGGAGAAGAGGUUCAAGAUACCCAGUCGCAACAUAGGUAUCAUCUUCGUCGCGGGUGACCUCGGCACUGUGCUGGUGUCGGCGGCGGUGACGUACUACGGGGGCAGCGGGCACCGGCCGCGCUGGAUCACGCUGGGCAUGUACCUGGUGGUGGGCUCGUGCCUGCUCAACGCCCUGCCACACAUGCUGUACGGCGCGGGCGACGAGUCGCUGAGGCUCACCGAAGAGUACGGCGCCACCAUCAACGUCAACGAGACCUUGCAGCUCAUCGAGCAGGAGCGGCGCAAGGCGCUGUGCCAGCCGGAGGGCGGCGUGCCCUGUGACGACACGGCGGGCAGCUUCGCACCGCAGGCCAUCAUGUUCGCAGCCAGCCUGCUGGGCGGACUCGGCAACCCCGUCUACUACACGCUGGGCACCACCUACAUGGACGACAACAUCAAGAAGUCCAAGACGCCGGCGCUCAUCAGUUUUUCGUAUUUCCUGCGAAUGCUGGGACCAGCCAUCGGCUACGCGCUGGCGUCAGCGUGCCUGAGAGUUUUCAUCGCGCCCGCCCUGACGCCUACCAUCACCACUAAGGACCCACGCUGGCUCGGUGCCUGGUGGGUUGGGUGGGUCAUCAUGGCGGGCGUGCUGUUCGUGAUGUCGACGCUGACCGGCAUGUUCCCCAAGCAGCUGCCGCGGGCCGCCGUGCGCCGCCUCAUCGAGCAGGAGAGGCUGAAGGCGCAGGGCGACAAGGAGGCGCUCAGGGCGGCGCAGGAGCAACACCGGACGUCGCUCUCAGACAUGGUCAAGACUUUCUGGCGGUUGCUGAGAAACGCGACGCUAAUGUGCAACAACCUGGCGGGCAUCUUCUACUUCGUGGGCUACGCGCCCUACUGGAUCUUCAUGCCCAAGUACAUCGAGACGCAGUUCCGGCAGUCGGCCAGCGUCUCGAGCCUGGUGACGGGCACGGUGGGUCUGCUGUUCUCGGCCGUGGGCAUCCUCACCUCGGGUCUGGUCAUCUCCAAGUUCAGGCCGCGCGCGCGCUACAUGGCCGCCUGGAACGUCAUCGUCGGCAUCAUCACCGUCAUGGGCAUGGUCUCCUAUGUCUUCCUCGGCUGCAACACCAGCGAGGACACGCACAAGACCCUGCUGCCCACUGGAGAGCUGUCGACGCUGACGGAGUGCAACGCGGCUUGCCACUGCGACUACGUCACGUACUCCCCCGUCUGCACCGCCGACGGCCGCACCAGCUUCGUGUCCGCCUGCCACGCCGGCUGCCUCUCCUCCUACGUCAACGACAACGGCACCAGGGUGUUCAGUGACUGCUCGUGCGUGCCGCGAGUCGGCGUCAACGGCUCGCUGAUCGCCGAGAGCGGGGGCGAGGUUCUGCAGGGGGCGUGCCCCGUAGACUGCAUGCGGCCUUUCAUCAUCUUCCUGUGCACCGUCUGCCUACUCAAGUUCGUCGGAUCGACCGGACGCGCCUCCAACUUCCUCGUCUCCGUCAGGUGUGUCGACGAAAAGGACAAGUCUGCUGCCAUGGGAGUCGGCAUGGUCCUGAUAAGCCUGUUCGCCUUCCUUCCCGCCCCCAUAUUCUAUGGUAACCUCCUAGACUCUACAUGCCUGGUAUGGGGUAAGACGUGUUCGGGUACGGGCAAUUGCUGGCUGUACAACGGAGAGACACUGAGGUACACGCUCAACUUCACGGCUGCAGGUUUCGUAGCUAUUGGGACGCUGUUUGACGCUGGUGUGUGGUACCUCGUGAAGGACUUGAAGAUAUUUGACGAGGAAGUGAAACCGACAGAAGUGGAGGAGGUGCAAGAGAAGAUCGUCGUGGAAGAAUGACACUUAUAAGAAACAGUGGGAGAAAAUACCUGUGAUCAUUACCGUCUGUAAAUAUCACAGCUGAGGCAACAGGAAAUUGAGUGUAUUUUGAGUCAAGAAGUGCUUGGCAGAAGGCAGAAUUAUCGAGUAGCAAAGUCUCUGCAACUGUCUUGUCUCUCUCCAAAAUAUUGUAUUGCUGAAAUAAAGUGCGACACCGAAAAAUUCUUGUAAUCUUACCAUACAGGACACUUCUCGAGUAAUUACUGCAGUAAUCAUAUGUCCCCAUAAGAGACACCCAACGGAAUAUUCAGUAACUAAAAAGAAAAUGUAAGGAUAAGGCAUACAAUUUUUCAAGAGAAAGUCAUUAAGCGUUUA